ACAAAGAACCGGAGAGAGUCACGUGUUCGCCCUGUGGCUUCCCGUAGUUCCCGUCCCAAUCCGUACCUACUUGUGGAAAGAUGGAGGUGGGGAGCUUACAUAUGUACACCAGGUUAAUCUUUUUAUGUACCGUGCCCUUCUCAUGUAUCAUCAACGUCACGUAACUAAAACCACAUUAAUCUUACAACAAGUAAUAAAAAAAAAUAAAAACAAAUCCAAGUUAUACUGGGCUGGGAAAUAUGUUUCAGCCAAAUCCAGAAGAUCAUCUUCAUCUUCGAAUGCACCGCGCCCGUUCGGUCAUUCUUACAACCCAAGAGCUGGUAGAGAUCCGAGCUGCUCAGAGAACCUUUGAAGGGGCUUAUAUGCGGACCGCUCUCUCGCAGUUCAGUUUUGCUUUGAUCAUACUCAAGAUCUUCACAUCUGAAUUCUACGCCAUAGGCGCUCUCUUCGCCGUUUAUGGUGCGGGAGUCUUACUAUGUUCCAUAUAUCGUCGGUACCAAGGUAAUACGCAGUUUCUCACCUCGACCGAUAACGAUGGCGAGUUGAAAAAUAAAUUCCGCACCAGCGGUAAUAGCGUCCUACUUCUCACCACUCUAAGUAUCGGGGCUUAUGUUGGUCUAAUGGUUCUAACUUUGCAAUUGGAAGCGUGAAGAAUGGUGACCAGAACUCUACAAAGUCCCAAAGCUCGAAACGGAACCCUGCAUCAUCUACUAGCUAUCAUUCCAAUACGUUUCCAGGAUUAGCAACACCUCUUAAAGUAGAUAGUCGCCGGCCUUUGGUCCUUUCGGUGGGAGUAUGCUAGACCGAGGUGUUGUACAAUGGUGUAGGUAACGGCAGCUUACACAACUAUUGUGGUAGAGCACACGACAUAUAAAACAAUGGAGCAUCCAUACGGAAUAUUUAUUGUAUAUCUGAGACAUACUAGGUACGAUGACGCCCAAGAGAAUUUGCCCUAUAUCGCUGUGUGACGAGUAACGAGUAAUCUCGCCAAACUCCCAGACAUAUACAAGGGUUGUUACUGGCUACGACCUUUACAUCCCGGGCCAAUGCUAGUUGUGUGGUAAUAAAUGUAUAUACAGUCGGAUAAUAAUCUUUUGCGGUGUUUAUAGGU